AUGUAUCGAGCCGAUUGUCUUCGCUUGUUUCGCCGAGUCAUCGAUCAUUCAUUGUUGACCACUGAUAUUAUUCAACAGUUUUUAAAUGAACAGGCAUUUCUAGAUACGCGCCAGCUGUACGAACAACGAUUCGGCGAACAGUAUUGUCCAUUAUCAUCUAGCCACGUGACUUCUCUCUAUUCUUAUUGGGAUCGAACACAUUUUGAGUUUUCACCGCAACCACCUGACGAUUAUGAGAAUCCUUUCUCGUUUACCGAAGCUGACAUCAUCCUUGAUGGCAAUUGGCUCGAUCUAUGCAAACAGUUUAUGUGCGAUACGUUGGAAAAAGUUCCUAUCAAAUACUACUAUCGUCGCAAAUCGAAAGAAAUCAAUCUCGGGUCAUCAGCAUUAAAACGAUUGAAAAAAUCGUAUGAACGAUUUUUGUACAUGGCAGCUAAAUAUCCACUUAAAGAUGGCAAGAGUUUUGUAUCCCCAACUUAUGCGAUCGACAUCAUUUGGCAUUCUCAUAUGCAACAGCCAUUGAACUAUGCGGCUGACUGCGUCCGUCUCAUUGGUUAUGUCAUUCCUCAUUCUCCAUGGCCGAUGAUCGAGGAAGAUACAAUGAAGAAAUCGCGUGAUGGAACGGACGAUAUUUGGAAGCAGGAAUUUGAAAAUUCUGGUGUCGGUCUCAUGCCUUUAGAAUGCCAUCGAUACUCAUUAAAGUAUGAAAUAAAAAAUUUCGGCGCUGUGGCAGCCAGUACUACAAUAGCUCGAAACUAUCGAGGAAAAGUCCACAAAUAG